AUGGAUACCCAUCGGAUUAAAAGACGACGGCGACAUAGACCCAAUGCAUCAUUUUCGACAGUGUUCCUUCCCGACGAGCUCAUCGCCGAAGUCCUAUCCUUCCUUAACAUAAAAACCAUCGUGCAACUCAAAUGCUUGAGCAAGUCAUGGAACGCUCUCAUAUCUGAUCCAACCUUCAUCGAAAAGCACCUUAAGAAGUCGUCACAAAAGCCACACCUCACGUUAUAUUGGAACCAACGCAUAAAAGGUUUUAAUCUUGUACCCUUCCCUGUGCAUCGUUUACUAAAAAAUCCAUCCAUUACUGUUUACAGUGACAAUUUCCAUCAUUUGAAGUCAAAGAACAAUUGCAUGGUGGUUGGUUCUUGUAAUGGAUUUCUCUGCACGCAUUUUCAUUAUCUUACAAGGACACCAACAGCUGUCCAUCUAAAGGAAUGGCUCCGGUUCUUGAACCUUGCCACCAGAACAAGAUCUAAAAAAUUAGGGGUAUUAUGUCAUAGCACCCCUAGCGGCGCAGAUAUGAGCAUUAUGUUAUCCUAUUUUAAGUCCACUUUUGGUUAUGAUGCUUCAACAAGAACUUAUAAGGUAGUAACUAUCCGUCGUCAGAAGAACAAAGCUUCAUGGAAAAAUGUGGUUAAAGUUUUCAGUCUUGGUAAUAAUUGUUCGAGAAAUAUAGAGAGCUUUAUUGUGAUUUCUUCUAUUAGAUUGGAUAUUCAGUAUAGAUGCCACCUAUGCGCCCUUAGUGAUGGUGUGCAUUUGAGUGGCACUGUUAACUGGUUGGCUAUGUACAAGCUGAUUACUCAUGUUGAGCAAUUUAUGAUUGUUGAACUUGACCUUUGGACAGAGAAAUACAAGCGGUUUCUGCUGCCUUCGGGUUUUAAUGAGGUGCCAUUUCUUGAGCCAGUUCUUAGGGUUCUGAUGGAUUGUCUUUGUUUUUCUUAUGAUUCCAAUAAAACUGGAUUUGUUUUUUGGCAUAUGAAGGAGUAUGGAGUUGAAUAG